GAUAUCAUCACCGUCUUUAAGAGCGGAGAACGACAAGGCUACCCCGCAUCCCCACAUACUGCACCAUGGCAGCCGAACCCAAACCACUCAGGAUCGUAGUUGGCGGCGAUGAUGCGGGCUUCGACUACAAGGCACAGCUCACCGAAGACCUACGAGCCGAUGCGCGCGUGGCCUCGGUGCACGACGUCGGGCCGCACAGCGCCUCGGACAAGAAAGCAUACCCGCACUUCGCGGUCGAUGCGGCGAAACUGAUCCGCGAUGGGGAGGCGGACCGCGCACUGCUGAUCUGCGGCACCGGGCUGGGCGUGGCGAUCAGCGCGAACAAGGUCACCGGCAUCAGAGCCGUUACUGCGCACGAUAGCUUUAGUGUCGAGCGAGCGGUGCUGAGUAACGAUGCGCAGGUGCUGUGUCUGGGACAGAGGGUCAUUGGCUUGGAGCUGGCGAGGAGGCUGGUGAAGGAGUGGUUGGGGUAUAGGUUUGAUCCGAAUUCGGGCAGUGCGGCGAAGGUGAAAGCCAUUAAUGAUUAUGAUGCGGACAAUUAGGUCGAUUCUGAGGCGUGUGAUGAGAUGAUGAAUAUGGUCGUUGGAUUUAUGGAGCAUAAAAACGAGCUGCCUCUUUGACCCUGACUGUUUCUAAUGCCUACCUUAAUAUACACCUUCAAGAACUGAUACUGCACAGAAGUCAGCAAUCCAGUAGCCAACGCUUCAUAUCUUUUGUU